AUGGACUCCCCCCCCGCACGUCCUCAGACCUCCGAUGCCGUUGUACACUAUAAGAUGAAACUCGAAACAACACACAAUGAGAGUAGAGUGGUCCACGCUGUUCCUAUAGGAUCAUCGCCCACGGUGACAGUGCGCAAUGGAACUUAUACUGGAGUGCGAAGCUCAACCUACAACCAGGAUUUCUUCUUAGGUAUGCCUUAUGCUCAGCAACCAGUGGGUAAUUUGCGCUUUACUGUGCCGCAGUCAUUGAAUGCGAGUUGGAGUGAUACACACGAUGCGACACAGUAUUCGGAUAUUUGUGUUGGGUAUGGUCCCGACUCGAUUUGGUACCCUCAGUCAGAAGCAUGUCUUACCCUGAACGUGAUCCGGAGUUCAUCGGUCAACAAAGACUCGAAACUUCCUGUUGGGGUGUGGAUUCAUGGCGGUGGAUUUGCUUCAGGCUCCGGGUCCGAUGGACGUUACAACAUGUCUUUCAUUGUGAAAAAGUCGUAUCAAAUUGCAUGGGGCUUUAUAAGCUCUAGUCAAGUCUCCAGCAGCGGAAAUACCAAUCUUGGGUUGAGAGAUCAGAGGCUGGCGCUUCAAUGGGUCCAGGAAAACAUCGACGCCUUUGGCGGCGAUCCCCGGAAAGUCACCAUAUGGGGCGAGUCGGCAGGCGCCAUGUCAGUAGGUUAUCAUCUUACAGCAUACAACGGACGAGACGACAAGCUGUUCCGGGCCGGCAUCAUGCAGUCUGGAGGGUCGAUAGCCCCAAGAGCGGCAAACCAUACGGCCUUUCAAUUGAAGUACAACAAAUUGGUCUCAAAGGUAGGCUGCUCAGAUGUCGUGGACUCAUUGCAGUGCCUUCGGAAAGUACCAUUUGAGACACUUAACACUGUUUUAAAUGGCACAGACGGCUACUCUGAAUACAAUUUCUCACCGGUUGUGGACGGGGACUUGAUGCAGAACUGGGGUAGCAUUCAACUGAAUAAACAUGCAUUCGUGAAAGUUCCAAUUAUUGCUGGCAGUAACACAGACGAAGGAACAGCAUUCGGGCCUACAGGAAUUAACACCACAGAACAAUGGUAUCAAUACUUGACAGACGGUGGAUUCAACUUCCAAACACCCGCCUCUGUAGCCAAGCGUAUCCUUGAACUCUACCCUGACGACCCCUCGCAAGGCAUUCCAGCAUAUCUCGGAGACCAGCGCGUGCCUUCAAAUGGCUACCAAUGGCGCCGCACAUCAGCCUUCGGAGGUGACUACUCCAUGCACGCAAAUCGCCGGCGACAGUGUGAAGCGUGGGCCGAGACAUUAACCCCAGCAUACUGCUACCGGUUCAAUGUGCGCUCGGCAGAUGUACCACCCCUUUCGGGCGUGACUCAUUUCGAGGAAGUAUCAUUUGUGUUCCACAACAUUGCCGGACUAGGAUAUCACGACGGCAAACCGUUUGCCGGAGUGCCGCAGUCGUACAUUGACCUCAGUUCGAUGAUGACAAGCAUGUGGGCAUCUUUUAUCCACGACCUCGAUCCAAACCUGGGUGCUGUGAAAGCGCCUGUAUAUUGGGAUUCUUAUUCCAAAAACAAGCCCGUUGAUCUCUGUCUCGAUACUACCAGUCAUAUGGAGGCUGAUACAUGGCGCAAAGAUGGGAUCGACUAUAUCAACUCGGUUGCGCGAGCUUUUUGGCGGUAG